UUGUGUGUGCGAAUGACUGACUGUAUGAGACGAAGAAGAAAAACGAACAAAAAAAACAAACAAACAAACCAAAAAAAUGUCCCCUUUAAAACCAUAAUAUCAUCCCUCGUAUCCCCGACCUGUUGUAAAAUCAGCUGAUCGUUAAUGGCACUUUGACAACCAGGUGUUCGAGACGAGAAAAGAAAAGUAGAAGAGCAGAAAAAAGAUUAAAGAGAGGAGAGAGAGAGAAAAAAAGACGAAGAACAAUUUGAGAAAAUAACGAAAAAGACACACAUGAAAUAUAGGAAGAUGAGGAAUUAAGUUAUUUAUGCGAGAAAAGGCCCGUCGGUGGUUAGUGUGCGCCCGAUGGAUAGAUUUAAAAGUGGGUUAUAGAACUGGAGAGAAAGUGAGACCGAAAGACCCUUGUGUCGAGCAUACAGAGUGUGUGACUCGUGUAGACUUCGGCAACCAUGUGUACGUGGAGGCUGUGCAUGGUGCAUAUGAUGUACAAUUCAAUUAAUGUGGUGAUCGCGCUGGUCUGCGGCUUCAUCACAGCGUUCCUGAUGGUGCUGGCGCUGUCCUCCUCCGACUGGCUGCUGGCGGUGGGCUGGCGCCAGGGCCUGUUCAACCACUGCGUGGAGCCGGGCGCGCCCAAGCCGCUGCCCUUCCAGAUCAACGCCGACACGGGAUGCCACAAAGCCAGGGAUGAACCCUACAUCAUGGCCAGCGCCGCCCUGUGUGUGAUCUGCCUCCUGCUGGACGUCCUCGCCACCUUCAUGACGGCUCUGGGUCUCAAUAACAACGACCCCGCAGUCAAGACGCGCUACUACCGCAUCGCCGUCUGGGUCAUGACCCUUGCACUGAUCGCCAUCUUGGUCGCCCUCAUCUUGUACCCAGUAUUCUUCGUGCAGGAACUUGAGCUUGGAAACCGCACCCUGUGGGAAUUCGGAUGGGCCUACGGCGUGGGCUGGGGCGCGGCCAUCUUCCUCUUCGGCGCCGUCGUCCUCCUGCUGUGCGAUCAGGAGGAGGAGGAGAUCUACUACAAGGAGCGCACCAUCAUCCACGCCGAGAAUGACUCCAGGGCCUAAAUCAUCUGACAUUGAAGAUGGAAGAGCUCCUUGCAGUGCUAUUUCUCAAAGAAAAAGAAACUGAAGAUCUCAGCUCUUGAAUUUGAUAGAUGCUGGUCAAACACUAGAUACUUUUGACUCCAACUACCAAAUGGUGUUAUGCAAAAUGAAAAACACUCAGUGAUAAGAUGACAGACAAUGGAAAAGGAUAAUCUCGGAUUUUUCUCACUUUUUUUUUGUUUUGUUUUAAAUCGUAGGCGAGGACCAGUGUCAAGAAUGAAUCCUGGAGAAAAAUUCCUUGAACUUAACCCCCACACCCAUGUUCCUCAUGUUAUGAAUGAGCCUGUCCAUUUUCUGUUUGUCCUUGGAUUAUGUAAACUCAUGAGUGUUGUGGUGCCAUGGUGUAUGGCCAGUGUGCUGUUGUAUGUGUAUAUAUAUCCUGUAUGCCUCCUAUUUCUACUCCAAUCUUACUCCUUCUUGCAUGCACCUACUUUCCGAGCUUUAUAAUGUGAGAUCUUGAAGGAAUCAGUGGAUACACGUGUAGAACCUGUUUUAAACAAGUUCUAAAAGUGAGUGUGCAGCUUUCCUACUUGGCCUCUCAUGCUUUUGGGCUGGGUAAGAGGUAUCACAUAUUCCUGACCUUUUGAGCUAACAUCCCUCUUGGCUGUAGGCAACUUAAUGUUUGAAUGACCUACAACAGAGAAACAUUUCCUUGUACAAUGCCUACUUGGAUAGUGGAAUGAACCCACCUCUGUAUAAUGACUGUUAAUUGCUGACCAAAGAUCAGAUCAUUUUACCAUAAUGAUUAACUAAAGCCAUUGCAUUUGAACUUAAUUAGGAAUGGCAUUUACAUAUCUACAUUAUAGGAACUCAGUCAUGAAAUGAUAUGAAAGAUUUUGCAGAAAAAAUUUGUCAAUGGGUAUUUUAGUCUUUCUUUUUUUUCAAUAAGUCUGCUUUUUGCCUUCUCUUCCUGUUUGUUUGUUUUUUACUUCCUCUUCAUACUGUUUCACUGUAGAUCUGCAUAUUCCUUAGAGCAGCAUCUGAAGAUCAUUGAAAGUUGUACAAUUUCUGUAGGACUUCAUAUUUCUACAUUCUGUGUUGUUUAAUCUUUUGUACAAGCAUUAGAUUUUUUUCUCUAUUAUAGCUUCUGCAGCUGCAUUUACCUGCAUGUAUAUGACCCAGGAAGCAAUCAUCAUAAUAUUUUGCUUGACCUUUGCACUUGUAUCAUGCUUUCAUGGGAAUUAUUUUUUAAUUUAUCAUUAUGUAUCAGUCUGACUUAACCAUAGUCAUAGUUAAUUGGAGUUAUGAAAAGGAUGUCUGUUACUUAAUAUACAUUUGCAUAUUAUUGUCCUAAGGUCAAGCUUUUUUGUAAAUAAUUGAUACAGUUCCCCCCUUCCCUUUUCAGUCUUUUAUCCUGUAUAAUUUUUAGCUGAGUCUCCGAAAGCUACUUGAUAACUAGCCCAGGUGCAGCUUCUAACAUAAUUUUGACGACUCCACAAAUUUGUUUUUUGUGGGUUUACCUCCCACUGUUUGACAGUAGUGGAUGAAUUCCAUGUAGCUUGCUUUAUUAUGCUCAUUAGCCAGCUAUCAGAAAACAAGGGCUCAAAGUACAACAGCAAGGUAGAAUGAGCCAUUAAAGAUUAAUAGCAUUUUGUAAUUAUAUUUCUGUCACUGGCUAAGAGUAAGAGCAAAGUAUGUGUAAGAAUUUCAGUACGGGGAGGAGGCUUUGCAUAAUGACUUUAUAUUGGUAAGGAAAGAGGUAAUUAGGAAAAAGGAACUUGAAUUGGAUGUCAGAUAGUGACAAUCAGUUUUCAUAUGUGCACAAAGUCCCCUGCUUAGCCUUACUUAUAAUCAAGGCCAGGUGAAUGAGAUAAGCAGAAGCAAGCAGGACUAGACAAGACAACAACUUCCAAUUGUAGUUAGUGAACGAGAAAUAGAUAAAUGAUGAAGAGGUUUGUAUUUGCACCCAGUGUUAGCAUUUAAAACAACCCUGUUGGUGGUGUGAGCAAUAAUAGCAUUAAAAGAGGAAGGUCUGUGGUGUUUUGUUAAUUUUGGUUUGUUGUUAAUCAUAUUGGCUGUGUUGAUAUGAGAACACAUACAAAAGAAGAAGAGAAAAGAAUUGGCUUUUAUGAAAUUAAUGAAAUAACAUUUGAAUAUCCUUUUAAAGGAUGAUGUUUGCUGCAGAGGUAUAUAUAAAAAAAAUGUUAAUUCCUUCCAUCUUAACUGUCCUCCAGUAUUUUCAGGUUGUUUUAUGUCGUGCACAUGAACUCUAGACUGGCAAUACUGAAUGUGACUAGUUCUAUUAUUAGUGAAAACCAUCAGUUGAUCCCAGCACUUCCCUCCUCCCUUUCAAGAUAGGUUAAAUUGCCCACAUCAUAUCAGUGUGUCUGAGGCUUCUAGUGCAGUCUUUGUACAUAGUGCUUCUCUCUCUUCCCUUUCCUUAUCUUCUCUCUUCUGCUUCAUCACUUCUCUUCUUCCUCUUCCUCUUCCGUACCUUCUUUUAUUAUUAUAUUCUGAAGUGCCAGUGAUUAUUGAACAUUGCUUAGGGUAUUUUUAAGGGAAUAAUAAAUAAAAAAACAUCAAUAAUAAGAGCAUGGUUGUGAAAAUCCUUAGAUUUCUUUUUUAAUACAUUUUUAUAGCGUAUAGUUUUCGGAUUUGAAAGGCUUACUCAACCGAAAUAUGGGAUAUCUUGUAGCAUGGAAUAGUAUAAGAAAAUCUUAAAGAAAAUGUCGUAAAGCAACGCAUUGCUCUAAAAUACACUUUGAGAUUAGCAGUUCAUUAACUUUGGUAGUAGAAGCAGUUUUUUAUAAGCGUACAGAACUUAGGAUUACCAGUCAAAUCAUGGAAAGCUCGUUUUGUUGCAUUUACUGAGCCAAGAAGGCUUUAGGUAAUUACCAUGAAGGACUGUAGACCUGUUGAUGGAACUAGUCAUGUUAUUAUUUUUUCACACCAUUUUCCAGGAGCAAUUUUUAUAAUCUGAUUUUUUUUUCACCUUUUUUCUUUGAAUCCUGAACCACCUUAUAGUUUUAUUUGGAUUUGGUAUUUUGCGUUUCAUAUUCAGCAUCAGAACGUGUUUUAAUUACAUCUGAUGGUGAAUUUUGAUUGUAUCUUUGUCUCUUUUCAUCACUUAAAGAUUUUGUUCUUUUGUUGCUCACCAUUAAACAGGAUAGCUUCUCAGACUUAAAUGUGGCCAUGUGUUCUCGCAUCACACUUUGUAUGUAUAAAUUGAUUCUCAAAUUUUGUUUGAAAUUUGCCAAGGGAAAAAAAAAAAAAUACAUACAUACUGUAGCCUCCCCUCAUAACCUCUCCCCCCCUCCCCCUCCUCAACACAUCAAUCCCAUUUUGCUCCCUGUAGCAGCCCCCCCCCCCCCCCCCUGGAAGGAAGUACUUACAGGUGUUGUGGUCUGCUUUAAUCUGGCAAUGGCUUGUGGGUAAUUAACUAUAAAAAAAAAGCAAUUUAGAAAAAGGCAAAGCUUAUGUACAAAGUAACUUUCUUAUUUCUUCUACAAGACCAACUGAUAAAUAAGAAUAAUGACAAGACAGGGUAAGAAAAACAAGAAAAAUAAUCUUUUUUGUCUUAACCUUUUUUUUUUUUUUAGGACCCAAGGUUACCCCCACAUAGCUGGCCAUGCAUUCCCUUCCAAUAGAUAGAUAUGCAAAUGGCACUUCUUUCAGCCUGGUAAGCAGCUUCCUCCAACUAGCCCGACAGACUGUUUAGGGUGGCAAGAAGCUGGUCCUCUCUUAGCAAUAAAAACAGCUUGGCUUCAUAUCAAUAAGUAGCCAGUUUGUUUUCACUCCAAAACUGAGUUCCACCAAUUUGCUGGAUUGUUUUAAUGGUCUGUAAAUUCUAGAUUUUAUGUAAAAAUACAAAGUCUUUAAUAUAUUAUUGAUAUACA